GAGCAUGUGUGGGAUGGGAGGGAAAGGCCUAUAAAUGCAGUGCAGGGGAGCACAGCAGCACCCAUCUCAAACCACAUCACACCAAGAGUCAACUUCACCUCACACCCGUCGGUCUUUCAUCUCUCCUGGAAUCUCAGCAUGGAUAUCCCCAUCCAGUACCCCUGGUACCGCCGGGCCUUCCCACAUCGACUCUCUGACUUCUCCAUGGCAGAACCUCUCACCGAUUGGCCCCUGAUGUGGCCCUUCUCCUUUUCCUUCCCCUGGAUGCGGUCUUCGUUCAUGCGCUGGUUCAACUGGCCUGACAAUGGACACAGUGAGAUGCGCACAGAGAAGGAUCGCUAUGUCAUUUAUCUGGAUGUGAAGCAUUUCUCCCCCGAAGAGCUGAGUGUCAAUAUUAGCGACGAGUUCAUCACAAUACAUGCCAAACACGAAGAAAGACAGGAUGAUCAUGGCUAUGUGUCAAGAGAGUUUCUGAGGAAGUACAGGCUUCCUUCUGGCGUGUCCGCAGCUGAGGUCAAUUCCAGUCUGUCCUCUGAUGGUGUGCUGACAAUCACUGCACCUCGGUCAGCUCCUGGACCAGAGCGCAACAUUCCUAUUACCUGUGAAGAUGGAACACAGAAAAAAUAAAAAGUAGAGCAAAGUCUGACACCCCAGACACCGCUUUGCUACUAACCAAAAGUGCUGCCUGUUUUUAUAUUUAACCUGUUACUGUUAUGUUGGCAGUUCAGUGCACAUAUAAGUCAGGCAUAUGUGUCUAGAUGCCUUUAAAGUGCCUUCUAAUAAACCAGUAUCCUAAAUCAAUAUUAUUCUGAUGUCUCUGCAAGACAGGGCUGCUUUAAUGGCUGAAAUGUUGAGCCCAUGUUAGUGAGUCUUUUUAACAGCAUACAUGAGUUCUCUAUAGACAAACUGUGGUGAGACGAACCCUUUGAAUUCAUUACUCCUGCUAAACACUUGCAAUCAGAUUUUUUAUGUUCUGGGCCUGCAUUUUCGUAACAAAAACUGCAAGCGUUAAUGGACUGAAUCACUACCUAUUAGACAGUUUAAACAAACUGGAAUCGGAAGAUUUAAACAGAUGAAAAUUGUUAAAUACAACUGCAUCUACAGUACACAGUGCUGAGUGAGUGGGUAAGAUGCCAACUGUACCCAGUUGUUUUUUUUUCCUGUUAGAAUAGCGCUGAUAUCUGUAUGUGUGAGCAGGAGGAGGUUCUCUGGAGGCAUCUAUGGUCAUUUUUAGCUUGUUUACUAAAAAUAUAUAUAUAUAAAAGACACCACAGGACUUGGGACCAGGCGUGUUGAGAGGAAGAAAGAGAGCGAACGAGCAGGAGGGAGAGUAGUGGACGAGGAGAUAGACGGCUUUUAUCACUGGGCUCCUUUUCCACUGGGGAGCUCUGAGCUGCUAAGGACAGAGAGUGUGUGUGUGUGUGUGUGUGUGUGUGUGUGUGUGUGUGUGUGUGUGUGUGUGUGUGUGUGUGUGUGUGUGUGCGUGUGUGUGCGUAUGUGUGUGUGAACGUAUGGGAGAGUGGGUGCAUUUGUACCUGUAGAUGCAGGAACUACAGCUCUGUUAUAUUGACAAUAAGCCUCUGGCAUGUUACCCCAGAAAACCACAAAUAGAAUAAAUGUUGAAACUCAAA